GGGCUGCAGGACCGCUGGGCUCGCUGGUCUCCAGUUGUCUCCGGCAAUGCAGGGGCUGUGCAGCUCUUGGGCUACAGCUCCUGGGGUUGGCUUGGCCGGCCACUACUAGCACGCGCUCGCUUGUUGCCUGUGUCGCCUGCUGGGGUCGAGCUGCUGCCGCGCCCUCCGCUGCGAGACGCACGUCGCGGUCCUCGAGAGCGAGCCCGGCACUUGCAACUUCUGCCUGGCGAGCCCAACUUCUGCGCGGGAUUCGGACUUGCAGAUCCCGAGCGGCGCACGGCGCGCAGUUGGGGCGGUGUCCCUACCGGCUCAGCCUCAACGAGAUGACCUCCCCUCUGUGGUUCUGGUGCUUCUGCGUCUGGGCCGCCGAUUACUGGCCGCCAGGAAGCGCCCUACAGCUCCAGCCCGGCAUGCCAAAUGUCUGCAAGGAGGAGCAGCUGGUGGUGGUAAGACUGUCACGCCCAUGCACCCAAGCUUUCAUAGACACAGUCAAGUUCUGGAAACAAGGCUGCACAGGCCCACGGUGGUGUGUGGCUUAUGAAAGAAGGACCCGCUACUAUACCGUCUACAGGCAGGUGUAUACCACAGAACACCGGACAGUCUUCAGAUGUUGCCCUGGUUGGAGCCGAUGGGAUGAUGAGCCAGGCUGCCUCUCCUCUGUGGCUUCUCUGGGAACCCAUUUCAGUGGAAGGCAGUGCUCAGACAGGGAUGAUCAACGGUGCCUCUGCUCACAAGGGUUUCAGGGACCCCGCUGUCAAUAUGAUAUAAACGAAUGUGCUGUUGACAAUGGUGGCUGUCAAGACCAAUGCUGUAAUACGAUUGGCAGUUAUUACUGCAGAUGUCAAGCUGGCCAAAAGCUGGAGGACGAUGGCAGAGGAUGUGAAGACAUCGAUGAAUGUGCAGUGGUGAACGGAGGCUGCCAACAGCGCUGUAUUAACACUCUGGGCACCUUCCACUGCGUGUGUGAUACAGGGUACAGACGCCAUGCUGACGAACGCACCUGCAUAAAGACAAACCCCUGUGCAGGAAGGAAUGAAUGUGCUCACUUAUGCCAAAGUGAGAAUGGUGUGGCCAGGUGUGCCUGCCAUGCUGGGUACCAGCUGUCUGCAGACAAAAAGGCCUGUGAAGACAUAGACGAGUGUUCUGAAGAGCUUGCUCCCUGUGCUCAUCGCUGUGUGAACUCAGAGGGGUCCUUCAAGUGUGCCUGCCACCCUGGUUUUGAGCUAGGAGCUGACGGGAAACAUUGUUACCGAAUUGAACUAGAGAUUGUGAAUAGCUGUGAGAAGGACAAUGGGGGCUGCUCUCACCACUGCGAACCUGCGAUCGGUGGACCCCAUUGCUCCUGUAACCAUGGACAUCGACUUGACGCAGAUGAGAAGACAUGCAUAGACUUUGAUGAAUGUGAGAGUGGAGACGCCUGCUGUGCCCAGCUCUGCAUCAACUAUUCAGGAGGCUACGAAUGCGGCUGUCAGGAAGGCUUUCGGAUCAGUUCAGACGGCUGUGGAUGUGAUGCUCUAGAUGAUGAGCAGUUAGAGGAGGAAGAAGAGGUACUAGACAUCCUGAGGUUUCCAGGACUUCUGGUUGAAAAUUCACCUUACCUCACUCCUUCUCUGGCUGCUUCGUACGAAGAUGAAGAUGAUGAAGAAGACCAGGAAACAGAAAAAGAGUUCCAGGGUCUGACAGCCUUGCACAGAGGGGUCUGUUUAGAUGGCACCUUUGGCCUGCACUGCAGCUUGAGCUGUGACAACUGCCUGAAUGGAGGUAAAUGCCAACAAGGAAAGAGUGGGUGCUUCUGCCCUGAAGGCUGGACUGGCAUUCUUUGCAAUGAAAGCAAUACCCUAACAUCUGGUGCAGACCAGCCAGCUCCUUUGGGAUGCCCAAAGGGCUUCUUUGGGAAGAACUGCAAAAGAAAAUGUCACUGUGCUAACAACAGUCAUUGCCACAGGGUGUAUGGUGCCUGCGUAUGUGACCUAGGGCGCUAUGGAAGAUUCUGUCAUCUCAGUUGUCCCAGGGGGGCGUAUGGACCUGCCUGUUCUUUGGAAUGUCAGUGUGUGGAGGAGAACACCCUGGAAUGCAGUGCCAAAAAUGGUAGUUGCACCUGCAAAUCUGGUUACCAAGGAAACAGAUGCCAGGAAGCCUGCCCUGAUGGCCUCUGGGGACCAGAAUGCCAGUUUUCCUGUGGACUCUGUGAAAAUGGAGGUCAUUGCAACAGAGAGUCUGGAAGCUGCGACUGUGCUCCUGGUUACACAGGAAAAUCCUGUGCCAUGUUCUGCCCACCAGGCACGUACGGAGAAGACUGUAACCAGGUAUGCCAGUGUUCAGCAAUGAACGAAGACUGUCAUCCAGUCACUGGGAGAUGUACUUGUCUGCCUGGAUACCAUGGAAACCACUGUCAGUUCCGGUGCCCAGAAGACACUUAUGGUCCAAACUGCCAAGAGACAUGUAAGUGCCAGAAUGGGGGUCAAUGUGAAAGCACUCUUGGCACCUGUACCUGUCCUCCUGGCUUCGUUGGAGCAGACUGCAGUCAAACUUGUCCUGAAGGUCAUUAUGGACAGGAUUGUAUCCAACGAUGUUUCUGUGGCUCAGGAAAGUGUGACCCAGUGACAGGAAAGUGUCAUUGUCCACCCGGCCUGAUGGGAUCCAGGUGUCAGCAAGGUUGUUCCCAGACUAAAUAUGGCACCAACUGUGAGCUCAAAUGUGUGUGUAGAAAUGGUGGACUCUGCAAUCCUGAGGAUGGAAGCUGCACCUGCGGCCUGGGGUGGACCGGGGAGCACUGUGAGAAAGCAUGUUCUCCUGGUAUCUUCGGGCCAGACUGCCAAUUCAAUUGCUCAUGUCAGAAUGGAGGUGUCUGCAGCAGGCUGUCUGGGGCCUGUGAGUGCCCCAAAGGAUUCUAUGGACGAGGCUGUGAACACGAAUGCCCUCCUGGAUUUUAUGGUUUUAAUUGUGCUCACACCUGUGACUGCCAGAAUGGAGCCAGGUGUGAUGUAGCAAGUGGACAGUGUGUUUGCCCAGCAGGUUUCCAUGGCAACCAUUGUGAGCAAGAAUGUCCACCUGGAACAUUUGGGGACAAUUGUCAACAAUCUUGUGACUGUGAAGGAGAAAGUUCUUGCCACCCAACCACAGGAAAAUGCCUCUGCCCACCAGGGAGGGCAGGAACCAGAUGUGACACAGAAUGCCAGGCAGGCCACUAUGGACCCGACUGCAGGCUGCGGUGUGGAUGCUCGCAGGGAGCUCGCUGCAACCCAGUCAAUGGCAGCUGUGCCUGUCCCAGGAGGAGAAUGGGCCCAACCUGUGAGGAGACUGACUUGCCUCCUCCACAGCCAAAGACCCACAGUUCUUCCGAAGUCUUGAGACGUGUAGAAGAAAAGCUAACACCUGUUACUUCAUCUUACUCCAAUUUCUUCUAGUUGAAUUUUAGCAUUUCCAUCUUGUUGAAAUGUUUUUCCUUCUGUCAUUGGAACUAUAGCUC